CUCCAGUCCUAUCCAGCUCGUUGUUCCGACCUUCCCGUGUCUAUCCCAAAGGUAACACUGUACCCACGUCAACCCUUCAAUUUAUCGUGAAUCGACGACUACCAUGGCACGAACACGACACGGUGCCAGGCUCGCACGCUGCGCGUUCGUCUGGUUGUGGGUCGCAUCGUCGACGACGGCCUUUACUACCACGUCGCCGAGACUAGCCGCACAUUUCCGUUCCGCUUCGCGGACCCAACGUACGACUACUACUACCACCACUACUCGUCGACAAGUCCUGCCUAGUCCGGAGUACUGGGAGAGUGUAGCGACAACGCUCGACGGGCUGGUGCAACAGUCUGCCGCUCUCGCAACGGUACACUCCAGUGCGCAGGUCCUGGCCGACGCUGCCGGGACGGCCGCGCCACCGUCAGAUGAUGGAGGAUGGUGGGGUGCCUACAUUCAACUGUUCAAGACGACUUUGAACGCGGUGCAUUCCACCAUACAAGGUCCUUUGCAAAACGUCGGUAUUGAACAAUCUUGGGGAGUUUCCAUCGCCAUCUUUACCACCAUUGUCCGCACACUCUUGGUACCGCUUUCUAUCGAACAGAGCAAAAGCGCAGAAUACAUCAAAUCGCUCAAACCGUACGUGGCCGAUAUCAAAGCCAAGUACAAGAACAACCAGGAAGCGCAGAAUCGCGCCACGGCCAAGCUGUACGAAGACGCCCAGCAAAAUCCGUUGGCGGGAUGUUUCGUCGCGCUCAUACAGUUGCCCGUCUUUCUCGGUCUCUACCGUGGGGUCCGAUUACUCGCCAUGGACGGAGUGUUGGAGGAACCAUUCUUGUGGAUCCCUUCUCUCGAAGGACCCGUGGCACCACCGAAUUUCCAAGGCUUGGACUGGCUCGUACAGGGAUGGGUCAAUGGCGCUCCCGCCUUGGGCUGGGAGACCACGUUGGCGUUUUUAAUCAUGCCCGUCAUUCUCGUAGUCCUGCAAUCCGUGACGAUGCAAGUCUUGCAGCCCCCGGUAGACGAAGACGCGACCAAGGAAGAGCGCGAAACGCUCGAACGAUCGCAAACCAUUCUCAAGUUUCUCCCCCUCCUCAUUGGUUUUUUCGCCCUCCAAGUACCGGCCGGACUCACUAUUUACUGGUUUACCUCCAAUAUUUUUACCCUCACGCAAUCCUUGGCCGUAAGGGCCUACUUCUCGGCUAAUCCACCACAGAUCGAAUUGCCGGAUUACUGGGAUACCGCUUUGAAGAACGAGAACUUUGAAAACAUGACGCCGGAAGAUCGUCGCAAAGCGACCGAAGCAGGUAUCCGGGUGGGACCGAGCUUUGACGAUCUGGUUGACGAGUCGCGCUUCCACUGUCUGAUUGAACGUCGCCCGAUCAGAGAGGAAACGGAGGCUUGGAAGCGAGUGACGCAGCUGCGGCAAGAAUCACAAGCAGUGGAGCUUCCGGAAGAACUAUCCGCCUGGGUCCAGGCCUCGGCCCAGCCGUCGAAAUCUUCGACGAGCGCUACGGCGUAG